CGUCUCUGUUGAAGAACAACUAUGUAUUAUAAUUCUGAUAAGGUUGGCUUGCUUUUUCCCUCAAGAAAUAUAAUCUAAUAUCAAGCACCAGCAAGUCUUUUUCCUCUUCAACUUUCUCGUAACUUUCUCACAAUUCCUCCUCCAGCUUGGUACUUAUUUACAAGCCUCUUGGUGUUAAUCCAAAUCCUUUUUGGUGUUGGAUCCAAUUUCUCCUUUUGUUUCUAAUUCCUCAAUUACUCAUAUAUAAUCCCCAUCAAAUCCUAAUCUAAUAAUACAUAUGUUUGCUUUUGAUUUUUUCCCCAAGAUUUAUACCUUCAAAUCCUAAUCCCAUUUCAACAAGGAAUUGGUUCGUUUCAAAUUUUGAAUGAAUAAUCACCCUUGAACAAGGAUUUGAUUUGUUCCCAAUUCUUUAAUUAUUCCUAAUACUUCCAAAAUCCUAUUAAGAUAAAAUCCAUAUUUGUUACUGAUUUAUCCAAAAAUUGGCCUCACCCUACGUAUAUACCCCUUGGUGAUAGCUCGGAGAAAGAGAGAAAGAAUAGCAGCAAUCAAGAAAGGUCACUCACAGCCCCGGGUAUGAACGGUAAUAAUUUCUUUCAAUUUUAUGAAACUUCAUUCACUCUUUCUUUCAACCCUAAUUAAGGGGAGAAUAUCUUACUGCUACGAUUUAGUUUCACCAACGAGAGAAGGGUAUUUCCAAUUAACUGGAAAACAGUAAUUCCUCCACCCAGUGUUCCAGUUUUUAAAGAGAGAGAAAGUAUACAUAAAGUGCCUACAAUCACAGGCAUUAUCAUUAUAUAUGUGUGUGUGUAAAAUAGAGUGCACACAGAACAAUGGAAACUUGCAUAAUCUUGACUCUUGAAGGGGCCAUCUUCCAGUACUUGGAUACCGUUAUACAGUACCGAUAAUAAAAGGCUGUUUUCAUUGGUUUUAAAGAUAAUUCUCCCGAAAAUUUUAAAAUUAAAUGAAAUCAAUGAUUGUCAUUAAAUUUAAGGAAAGGAGAAACACAAGCAUGGAAGGAACAUGAUUACUCUACUGUCUCGCAAAUUACAGCAAACUAGCUCACCUGUGGAACACAAUGUGGGAUCAUACCCGAUAGCAAGUAUGAGAGAGGAGAAACUUACAAAGAAGCCAUUAGCCACAACUGCCCUACCAAUAACGCUAUCCCUUGUCCUCUUAUCUUCUUCAUGUAAGAAUCAUGUUGACUCACAUUAUAUUAAAGUUUAUUUUAUCAGAUGUAAUCGUAUUUAUUUGAUAAAUUAAUAAAAGAUUUAAUAAGAUAAUUAAAUACUAAAAUUCAAUUUGAUUUCGAAAAUAUAUACAACUCUUGAUAAGCUUUGAUGGAAGGCCACAUCUUAGCCUAUAAAUAAGAGUUUGAACCUCUCUUUCUAUCCCAACUAAUAUAAAAUCAAAUUAACGUACAAUUUUUCCUCCAUCAUCAAGAUCAAGGGAUCAAGGGAGAUAAAUCAAAUCCUUUUAUUCUUUUCAUCAAUUGGCAGCAUCUUUUACAUGGUGAUUAAGGACAAAAUAUGUCGUGAAGCGCAGACCAUGCUUCUGGUUGACCACCCUAAUGUCGUUAAAGCACAUUGCUCAUUUGUAAGCGGUCAUAAUCUAUGGGUUGUGAUGCCAUUCAUGGCUGGAGGUUCUUGUCUCCAUAUAUUGAAGGCUGCUCAUCCUGAUGGUUUUGAGGAGGCUGUUAUUGCAACAGUUCUGCGUGAGGUGUUGAAGGGCUUGGAAUAUCUUCAUCAUCAUGGACACAUACAUCGUGAUGUCAAGGCUGGAAAUAUUCUUAUUGAUUCACAAGGUGCAAUUAAGCUUGGAGAUUUUGGUGUAUCUGCUAGCUUGUUUGAUUCUGGUGAUAGACAACGGACAAGGAAUACAUUUGUUGGGACACCAUGCUGGAUGGCACCUGAGGUUAUGGAGCAAUUACAUGGUUAUGACUUCAAGGCUGACAUCUGGUCCUUUGGCAUUACUGCUUUAGAGCUUGCCCAUGGUCAUGCUCCUUUCUCAAAGUAUCCUCCAAUGAAGGUAUUGCUUAUGACCUUGCAAAAUGCUCCUCCUGGCCUUGAUUAUGAGAGGGAUAAGAAGUUUUCUAAGUCAUUUAAGCAGAUGAUUGCUAGUUGUUUGGUGAAAGAUCCUUCCAAACGGCCUUGUGCACGCAAAUUGUUAAAGCAUUCCUUCUUUAAACAAGCUAAGUCAAAUGAUUAUAUAGCGGGAAAACUUUUGGAAGGGCUUCCAACCCUUGGUGAUCGUCUUAAAGCCUUGAAGAAAAAGGAAGAAGAUAUGGUAGCACAGAAGAAAAUACCAGAUGGGCAAAUGGAGGAGAUGUCACAGAAUGAAUACAAACGAGGGAUUAGUGGUUGGAACUUCAAUCUUGAAGACAUGAAGGCACAAGCUUCCCUGAUCCAGGAUGAGGACAUUAUAUAUGAAAAAGAUCAAGAAGGAAGCACAGUUUCAUCUGGGCUUGACCCUGAAAAGAAACUUCAGCAUCAGUUUUCUGGUUACUAUUCACAAGCUUCAGAUAUAGAAAAUAAUGAUCUGAUGCAGAAUCAAUCAUCUUGUCCAUCAGAAGACUCAGCUGCGCUCAAUACCUUAACUAAACACGAGAAAUCUGAAGAUGAUUCAAGUGUUGCUAGUUCAACUAAUGAGCACCAAGUUUCACAAAAUUCUUCUCCCCAUUUUGUGGAUGGUGUUGAAAGUAAUUUGGCCAGAAAACCUUGUUUGGAAGGUAGUGGAAAAUUAUUUGAUGGCAUGGCUGUGCUGGGUCUUCCAAGGAGGGGAGGUUCAUUGGGCAACCUCAUUUUUCCAGAUUCUAGUUGUCUCCCUACCAAUGGAGAGAGUGAUAAAUUGCAAAAUCAUCUCCAAAGCAUCUCAAGUUCUGGUAGAUCUGUUGCACCCGGAGUAGAUGACGCACCUCUUGAAAUACCCUCUAGAGCAAAUGUCGACGAGCUUGAUGAGAAGGCAAAGCCAGUUAUCCAGCAAAAGGGACGUUUCAAGGUUACAUCCGAGAAUGUAGACUUAGGAAAGGUGGCCCCCUCUCCUAUGAUGCAAAAGAGUUACAGCAUGCAGGUUCUUACCCAACAUCCGUCCAGUCUUCUUCCAUCACCAUCGGAAGCCACAGCACGGAAUCAUUGUCAUUCCCUUCUUCAGACGUUGCAGUCUGUUCUGCAGACAAAUAUUGUUCAAAGAGAUAUUAUUCUAAGCCUAAUGAAGCAAGUCUCUGCUGGUGACUUAACAGUUGAUGUAGGAGGGAUGCCACUGAAUACUGGAGCAUUGGAGAAAUCAUUGCUGGAGGCAGCCAAUGAUAGGAAGAGGGAACUUAUUCAUGAAAUAGCUGAUUUACAAUGGAGGCUAAUAUGUGCCCAAGAAGAGCUACAGAAACAAAAAGCAGAAAAUGCUCAGGUAUAAUUUCAUCACUAAUGACAAUACACAAAUGAAGAACAACAUUCUGUGCCAAAACCAAAGGCGGAUAAGUAGGAAAAAUAGCAAGGAAAUUACAUCUGCCAACUAAACCUAUUAGAGGUCAACCCUACAGGAAGGUUUCUUCGAAGUUUUGGUUUUCUAUUUAUAUCUGCAGACCCCUGGUUAAAUGGUUCUUGUACAUGAUUAUAGUGUUAUCUUCUCCUGUUCCUUGUAAUAUAUUUCUGUUAGACCUUUGUAUUUUGGAGUUUCUCAAGUACAUAAUAAAAAGCUGUUUAUUUAGUUUGUGCAGUUCCUCCCUUCUUUUCAAGUACAUA